CACACAGACAAAUCAGUGAAUCCCAUACGCAAACCUAAAUUAGAGCUGGAAAAAAUAAAAAGUUCCUAGAUGUGCUCCUCAAUACGAUCUUCAUUGGAACACCAUACGAUAAGUAAUAGUAUAGUACGAAUUUAUUAUACGCAAGAAACAAGAACCAAACUUCAAAUUUCACUUCAUAUUCCUUCUCUAAUUCUCUCUGGCAGCAGUUUAUCUCUGAUUCCAUGGAGAAUUUGACAUCUGAAAGCGAAAACAAAAUGGCGAAUAUUGCUGAAAUAUCGGAAAAAUAUGUCCAUGGGGUACAGUCUCCUACACCUCCAACAGGGGACAUUGAGAAGAAUCCAAAGCCCGUCAAGCAAUUAAAGCCACAAAAAACUAGUGUGGAUGUCAAACGUCACAAAAAACUUAUGUCAGAGAUUUGGAAAGAUUUUGAAUUUCUGGAUACCGAUGAAAAUGGUGAACUGCAUUGUAAAUGUAGAAAGUGUGGUCAAGUUUAUAAGUCUGAAACUAGAAUGGGUACUAGAAAUUUAAAACACCAUCUUAGCAUCUGUAAACCAAGUUGUUUAAGGGAUAUUGGGCAAAUGGUUUUGGAUAUUGGUGGCAAUGGUGGUUCAAUAACUAGCAGGGUCCUUGAGUUUAAUCCUAAUACCUUUCGUGAGUUGUUAGCCACUACCAUAGUAAGGCAUGACCAGCCAUUUAAAUUUGUUGAAUACGAAGUUGUUAGGAAAUGUUUUACUUAUCUAAAUCCUGAAGUUAAAAUGGUUGCAAGGAAUACAAUAAAAGCCAAAGUUCUUGAUAUAUAUAAAAUGGAAAAGAUGAAAAUGACAAAGGCUUUGAGUUGUAUCCCAGGUAGGAUUUGUUUGACAUCAGACUCCUGGAUUUGUUCUUCAAAAAAAGUUUUUUCCAUUACUUUAGCUAAUGCUUCUGCUAAUGAUGCGAUUGUUGAUUAUUUAAAGACUGAAAUUGAUUUAGUUUGUGAAGUUGCUUAUUUUCAUGUUAGGUGUUAUGCACAUAUUAAGAACCUCAUUGUGCAGGAUAGCUUAAAGGAGGUUGACAAUGCUGUCACUAAAGUUUGA